ACAAGAUCGAGACCAUAAUCCCUUCGUCGAAGCAGAUCAAUCUCAAAAGGGAGUCAGUUGAUACAAACAGCAAGACAAUUUUGCACUAUGGUAGCAGGGGGCGACGCGAAUCUCUUCCAGCUAGCGGACGGCAUCUCGUGCCACGCAUGGAACAAGGACCGCUCCAAACUGGCAAUAUGCCCCAACUCGAACGAGAUCUGGAUCUACUCGGGCUGCCACGUGCCGGAUCCGUCGCAAUGGCGCAAAGAGGCUGUGCUCACAGAGCACGAUAUGCUCGUGUGCGGCCUAGACUGGUCGCCUGUGCAUGACCAGCUCGUAUCCUGCUCUCAUGAUCGCAGCGCCUUUGUGUGGAAGUAUGAGGCCGCCUAUCGUCAGUGGAAGCCGCUGCUCGUGGUGCUGCGCAUCACACGCGCUGCCACAAAUGUCAAGUGGAGUCCUGAUGGCAAGAAGUUCGCGGUGAGUAGUGGUGCGAAAUGCGUGUCCGUGUGUUACUACCAGGCGGCGGAGAACUGGUGGGUCAGCAAGAUCAUCAAGAAACACAAGUCCACGUACGUAGCUUCAACUUGGGAUUUUUAUUGAGCUUGGAUGCGGAUUCUGAGCCUAUGACCUGUAGGGUGACAGACUUGGACUGGCACCCUAACAGCCAGUUGCUAGUGACUGGCAGCACGGACCUCAAGUGCCGCGUGUUCUCGGCGUACAUCAGCGAUAUCGACGGGCAGCCUGAUGCCGGUCCGUUUGAAGCCUUGCCGCCGUUCGGUGAGCCCCUGGCAGAGUUCGACAAUGCCAGCGCGUGGGUGAACGCUGUCGGGUGGUCCCCCAAGGGCAACCGCUUGGCGUUCGCCGGCCAAGGAUCAUCCAUUCACAUCGUUCACUUUGGGGCACCUGGCGAAUACCCUACGAUUCAGUCGAUCCGUUUCUCGCACCUCCCGCUGAUGCGCAUUAUGUUCCUGUCGAACUCCGCGAUUGUCGGAGUUGGCUACGACUUCAACCCUCUGCUGUUCUCCCAGGACGCCAACAACUUCUGGUCGUUCUCUGAGUUUGUCGACAAGAAGCCGACUGAGAGUGCUGUCAAGAAAAACGCCGGUGGCUUCAACGCUGCUCGGAGCUUGUUUGAAAGCAAGGUGACGCGAGGCCAGUCGUCUGAUGCCACUCAGCACGAUAAGAAUAUGCUGUGGAUGAAACAUGAGAGCAACAUCACAUGCAUUCAGCCUUACGCCAAAUCCGCCUCUGGUGGUGUCACGGAAUUCUCCACCUCGGCUCUUGACGGUCGCGUUGUCCUAUGGAAGCUGGGAAGUUUGAACGUGCAAUUGAGCAAGCUUCAUCUGUAAGAGGGCACGCUCUUUUUCUCGGACAAAGUUAAGGCUCUGCAAUUUACCUGUAGACUCAAAAGCAGCAUUAAAAGCACCCGCUAGUGUCACCUGCGCAACGCUAACGAAGCGAGCCUGAGACCAGCACAGAUAACAAGAUCGGAUUUCUACUUGUGAUUGCUCUGUACACCCGACACUAACAAGCGCAAUGACACCUCUAUUCGUACAUCCGCUUUAGUCGUCUAUACUCCUGGCGAUACUGGUUCUCAACGACAGAGGCUUGGCGGAAGUUUUUCCACUCAGGAAACUCCGUGAGCAGCACCUCCGGGUCGUAGGAAAGCAGCAACUGGAUGCCCUGACUAACGUCGUUCAGCGUACGAGCGAGAUCGAUAUGAUCCGGGUUCAGGUACGUUCGCUGCAGUUCGAGCAGCUCAUAACUGCUACGCAGGAACAGGAUCGAGUACUCGCAUACACGCUCAGUCUUACCACGCAGCAGUAAGUCGCAU